AUGGCGACGUCCAGAAGCUUUACGAGCGCGCCUUUGAACGCCUCAGACAGUGCCAUCUCUUCCCCGUCUGCUCACGGUAGUAACCACCGCAUUCUCCUCGCGACUGAAGCCGAACUCGAGUCAUUUCCAACAGCAGAGCAGUUCUCGGAUCCUUUUGGUGACGUUUACAGGACUGAAACGGAUACAAGGGACUUGAUGUGUGGUCUGUGUGACUCGACAGACUCUCCGGCACCAAGUGCAGCUUCGAAAACGUCGUCGUUGAAGUCAUUUCCGCCUUUAGUGGCCCCAGGAGGGACUUUGGCGUCCCCUCCGAUACUCUUGCCGUCGAUCAGCGGCGAAAUUGAUCCAUUUGCAGACAUUACACUUAGCAACACGUCUCUAUCAGGUGGUGGAGAGGUAGGUGAGAAGGCGGGGCAUGUUGCAGGAGCGUUCGAAGACGAACCGCGGUGCAGGGCGGAGGUCAUGGCGCCAACGUCGACGUCAUCGUCGUCGCGUUUCGAUUUGUUGUGGGGAAGUGCAAGCCAUGAAAUGGAUAGACAGGUUUUCUCGAGCUCGACAACGUCACGUGAUAGUGCGAGGGGCAGGGCAUCGUCGACGGGUAGUACUUUCAUGCUCCCGCCUCCGCCGACAAUGACGAAAGCGGCGACGUUUCCUAUGCCAGGGGCUAGAAACGUUCGAGAGACGAGUGCAACGGAUUUGUUGUCAUUCUCUCCUGUGCUGACGUCGGCGCCAGCUGAUCCGUUCUUUGGUAUUGAUGACGAUACCAGUGAGACGAGUACAGCAGCGCCAGUAUUUGAGAACAGCGACAUAUUCUCUACGACAUCAGCGUCGGCGCUAUCAACAACAUUUUCGCUGGCACCAAUGUCUCUCUCUACGUCAUUUGAGUCAUUGCAUGACGAUGGGGAUACUCUGAGACUCUCUGAUGCCACGCCUGGCACUACGAAUGGUAAGGCGUCGCCACGCGAUCCGUUUGCUAAACACAUGACGCGGUCUUUUGGCUCGCUGAGCUCGUCGUCAAUCAGUGCGGGGACAGUCGGAGAUGGCGGUAGUAAAAAUGAAGCUCAUUCGCUGUUGCUGCAAGCAGUAUCGCCUUCACGUGCCCCUACUUUUUGGCAGGGCUCUUCCAAAUCAUCGGACGGUUUUGCGGACUUUGAAUCUGGCGCUGACAACUUCAGUUUGACGGAUCCUUUUGCUGAGGCAGAUCUGGCUACUUCACAAGUGCCUCUGCAAGAUCACCUUUCGGUUUGGAGCAUUGCUGCAGACCUUGCUGACGACGAAAAGGAGGAUGAGGAUAGUGAUAGCAAGCAAACAUGUGAAGAAGACAGUAAGGGCACGCAGAAGCCGGUUACAAGUACGUCGGAUGACGAUAUUGGGAACGUACCUAUCAGCGAUGGUUGCAGCGACAUUGACCUAGCGAAAACUACAGAGACGGAAGACUUGGUGGACGCUUUCACGGCCACAAUGAGAUGCGAGGAUGGAGAACGUUCCGACGGUUCUUUCGGAAAUGGGCAUAUGGCUACAGAUGUUUCAACCAUUCGCUCUGCUGCUGCGGUAGUGCUUAACGAAAGCGAUACCCAGACAGCCGAUGCAACUGCUGAUAGUGAAUACAAGGCCCUUGACUUGCGAGACAACAUUUUUAGUGACCUUUGUGAGCACAACCGGGAUGAUGUCGCGUUCACGAAGAGUAAAAAUGCUGCCUGCCGAGUGGAGCAAAAGUCGACGGACGCAAGCGAGGGCUCGCUUGAACGUAUCCAGAUUGGAGCAUUUUCGCUGACGAGUACGAGCGCGGAUCUGAACACUGGAAGUGCUAGCCCAGCAGAACGCGAUUUUGAUGAUAUAACGAAUGAAGAAAGCUGUGUACAAUCCCGCGAUGCACGUAGCAUGUCACAUGUUGCCUCAAUGGACAUUCCAAUCACUUCGGAACUCCCCGAGGAAACUACUGCACAAAAAGCAAACACGCAGGACGGUCAGAUACAAGCCAGAGUAGCGGAUAGCGAUGACGGCUUUGACGACUUCAAUGACUUUGGAGCUGCAGCUGUGGCAACAAGCGUUCCAGACGCGUCGUUGUUUGGAGCGCCGCCUUCACCAGCCCAUAAGCAGCCAGCAGACGAAGGGUUUGGGGUCUUUGCUGUGUCCACACCUGCGUCUAUGGCUGUAAUUGUUGCACCAGCCGACGACGAUUUUGGAGAUUUUGCGCAAAGCGUAAACCCAAGUGGUGAUGACAACUGUUUUGGUGACUUUGGAGACUUUGAGCAGGUCCCUGGAAACACUGAAGACAGUUUCACCGAUUUUCAGCAAUCGUCUGCAACAGCCUUUGAGGGAAGUGAAGGUGGUUUCGGUGACCCUUUGCUGGCUGUUGAUUCUUUGCGAGCUUCUUCUUUAUCGAAGGCAGAGUUGUCAACAUUCUUUAAAGAAGCAUUCCCAGCCGAGCGCUUACCCGCCAUUUCGGUCGUCAAGCCGGAGAGCCCAACCGAUGCAAAAACUUCUGGUCUCGCGCAAGAAUUGCCGAAAGAUUUCGUACGAAGCGUAUAUCGUGGUAUGUGGGAUGAGUUUAUAUCUGCAGUAGCGGACUACACGCUACCGCCCCCAUCCGGAUUGGUAGCGUCUUCUGCAGAAUCAAUAGUCGAUAAAGAGCACGUGAAGAAGAAGACGAAGUACGCAUCGAAGUAUUUGAAGUAUGUGCUGUCGGAAAAGAUCCAAGAGGCGUCUAGGCAGAACGGCAUUCUCACAAAUGGCUCUGAAAGCCAUCAGACGUAUGUGGAUAUUGCAGCAUCAGGUGACGCCGAGCGCAUGUGUGCCGCUCUGGGGGAGUUGCAAGAAGCGUUGUUUCAUGGUUCAGUAAACGACGCGAUGAUGCGGAUUGCAAAACAGGCAGCAAUAUCGGCAAAAGCAAAGAUUGCUGAGCAGGCUGCUCAGCAGCAUGCGAAUUCACGUGGUGGAUCCUUGUUUUUUACAACGCGCCACUUGCUAUCGCGGGGCGGCAAUAGUGGAGGAAUGCAUGGCCCUGGCAGCAGCGGUACUGACAGUAAGGCGGAUCAUGCUGUGUCUGACACUCCAACGGGAGCUUCUGUUCAGAAGUUGGCUCGAUUCUCGCACGCUGCCGGUCACAACGACUUAGCAAAUGGCAACCGCGGUGCAAACCGCGAGGAUCGGGUAUCGGAUGGAAGUGAUCACACCGGACAUAGUAGUGGAAGCGACUCGGAAGUUGCAGCAUCUGGUGUCGAAAAUCAGACUCGAAGUCCGACACUUUCGAAUAGUGGUGGCAGUAAUGGUGGUCUCAUGAAGAAGUUCCAAGACCGCUUUUCGUUCACUAGCUCCAGGUAUCGUCCGAGAUUCGUAAACCUUCGGAGAAAAGGAGAGUCCGGGGAGGAAGUCCGCAAGAUGGAGCUCAACCUGGAUGCUAUUAGUGGAGGCCUCGACGAAGUGAAGUGGAAGUGCGCUUUGUUCUUAUACGACGUCGACGAGGUCACUCACGUUGCGCCUUCACAAAUUUGCAUUGUGGCGUAUCCAAGUAAACAGCCGCUAUCAGGCAAGAGCGAUCGGAGUGCGCUGACGAAGCUGGUGAAGCCUGGUACGAUUUGGACGAUCGAUAUUGGCUCGAACAACAGCGAUGUGUUGAACGAGUGGUGA